AAUGUAUUAAAAUAAUAAUACUAAAAUUACUAAAUACAUUUCACUGUGUUGCAUAGUACACAGUGGUAUAAUUAGUUCAUUUAUUUGAAUUUUGAAAUCGCUUUUUAAUAUUAAUAUAUAAUUUAUAUUAGGUUAUUCAACAAUUUUAUUAAUAUGUCUGACAUCCAAAUGGAUUGUGCACUUGACCUGAUGCGGCGUCUGCCACCGCAAAAAAUUGAAAAGCAUUUGAGUGAUCUUAUCGACCUAGUUCCAAGUUUGUGUGAAGAUUUGUUGUCGUCAGUUGAUCAGCCGUUGAAAAUCAUAAGAGAUAAACAAGUCGGAAAAGACUUUUUGUUAUGUGACUACAAUAGAGAUGGUGAUUCAUAUAGAUCACCAUGGAGUAAUACGUAUUUCCCACCUUUGGACGACGGUGCUGUACCUACGGAAAAAUUACGCAAGCUUGAAGUAGAUGCUAAUAUGGCAUUUGAUCAAUACAGAGAAAUGUAUUUUGAAGGUGGCGUGUCUUCAGUAUAUUUAUGGGACUUGGAUCAUGGUUUUGCAGGUGUCAUUUUGAUAAAAAAAGUUGGAGACGGUUCAAAGAAAGUGCGCGGCACUUGGGAUUCCAUACACGUUGUUGAAGUCCAAGAGAAACCCAGUGGACGUAACGCACAUUACAAGCUCACCUCAACUGUAAUGCUGUGGUUGCAAACCAACAAAGCCGUGUCAGGUAGCAUGAGUUUGGCGGGAAGUUUAACUCGACAAACUGAAAUGGACAAUCCCACGUCUGAUGCUUCACCUCACAUCGCUAAUAUUGGGCGAAUGGUCGAAGACAUGGAAAAUAAAAUGAGGAAUACAUUAAACGAAGUUUACUUUGGGAAGACCUGUGAUAUUAUGAAUGGUCUUCGAAGUGUCGUACCACUAAAUGCCGAUGAUGAAAACAAAGAAGCACUUCGUCAAGAUUUGACUGCUGCUUUACAAAAACGGCAUAACAAGUCUGACGCUAAAGACCCUAUCAGUCCAGCUACUAAUUAAUGUUUACUUAAAUGUAGAUCUACUCAUUAUAUAUCGAUUUUGCUGGCUUCAAUUUGUAUAAACCUCAUCAAAUGCAGUCUAAUUAUAUUAUAUUAUAGUAACGUUUGUUACUUUUUGAUUCAUUUUUAUAAAUUUUUUUUUUUAUACUAAUAUGUUAAAUGUCUUGUUAAUAAUAGUAUUACUGGUUCUGGUAUCUUUAAUAAUUUUUUUUUUUUAAUAUAGUUGGCAUAUUUUUAAAUUAAAAUGUAUUUGAAGUUCAUUUGCAUGUCAAUUUGUUUAUAAGGUGAUAUUUCUCAAGAGCCUUAAAAUAAUUACAAUAGUCUAAAAAUACUAUUAAAUAAUAAUCAAAUUUAGCUUAACUUAAAUGUUAGGUUAUUGUGGACUUAAAUUGUUAUACAUUAGUUAAUUCUUCCAACAAAUUAACAUUUAAACCAACAAAAUAUAAAUCAUUGUAUUGUAUUAGUAAUUUAUACAUUUUAUAGGUGUUUUUUUCAAGUGAACGUUAUAUUUAUU